UGGGGCACCCCCAGCCCUGAGACGCCCCCCGCCUGCUGCCAUGUGCCUCCGUGGAGACCCCGCGUGUUUCCAAACUUUCUCCCAGCCGGUUCGGCUCUGAGUCGCGUUUCGGAGUGGUGUCUCCCCAGGGACAGGGGACCCAGGGCUUCGGCGGGCUGCAGACUGUCGGCUCCUCUCGGCAGGACUCCGAGAGUUCUUUCCCUGGGACUGCAGUCCUCAUCUGCCCUCCCCAGCCCGCGAUCGGGCAAGAAGCUGAGUUCGACCCGUGGAGCCACCGCUUUUUCCAAAACGGUUUAUCUUUGGUCGGAUUUCUUCAAAAGAAAACCCAACAGGUUGCCAGCCCAGGCGCUGCGCACCCGUGGGCGCGGGAAGUUGCGCUCGGCCGUGCUGCCGGCGCAGACCCAGCUGCGGGAAGCGAGAGGAGGGACCAGGGCGAUGGCUCGGCCUGACCCGUCCGCACCGCCCCCGCUGCUGUUGCUGCUCCUGGCACAGCUGGCCGGCCGGGCGGCGGCCGCCUCCAAGGCCCCUGUGUGCCAAGAGAUCACGGUGCCCAUGUGCCGAGGCAUCGGCUACAACCUGACGCACAUGCCCAACCAGUUCAACCACGACACGCAGGACGAGGCGGGCCUGGAGGUGCACCAGUUUUGGCCGCUGGUGGAGAUCCACUGUUCGCCGGACCUUCUCUUCUUCCUGUGCUCCAUGUACACGCCCAUCUGCCUGCCGGACUACCACAAGCCGCUGCCGCCCUGCCGCUCCGUGUGCGAGCGUGCCAAGGCCGGCUGCUCGCCGCUCAUGCGCCAGUAUGGCUUCGCCUGGCCCGAGCGCAUGAGCUGCGACCGCCUCCCGGUGCUGGGCCGGGAUGCCGAGGUCCUGUGUAUGGAUUACAACCGCAGCGAGGCCACCACGGCGCCGCCCAGGGCCAUCCCCGCCAAGCCCACGCGCUCAGGCCCGCUCGGGAUGCCCGCCUCGGCGGGUGAGUGUGCCGCCGGGGGCCCAUCGGUGUGCAAGUGCCGCAAGCCCUUUGUGCCCAUCCUGAAGGAGUCCCACCCGCUGUACAACAAGGUGCGGACCGGCCAGGUGGCCAACUGCGCGGUGCCCUGCUAUCAGCCGUCUUUCAGCCCCGACGAGCGCACGUUCGCCACCUUCUGGAUCGGCCUGUGGUCGGUGCUGUGCUUCAUCUCCACCUCCACCACGGUGGCCACCUUCCUCAUCGACAUGGAGCGCUUCCGCUACCCUGAGCGCCCCAUCAUCUUCCUGUCUGCCUGUUACCUGUGCGUGUCCCUGGGCUUCCUGGUACGCCUGGUGGUGGGCCACGCUAGUGUGGCGUGCAGCCGCGAGCACAGCCACAUCCACUACGAGACCACUGGCCCGGCGCUCUGCACCGUCGUCUUCCUGCUGGUCUAUUUCUUCGGCAUGGCCAGCUCCAUCUGGUGGGUCAUCCUGUCGCUCACCUGGUUCUUGGCGGCUGGCAUGAAGUGGGGCAACGAGGCCAUCGCGGGCUACGCACAGUACUUCCACCUGGCCGCGUGGCUCAUCCCUAGUGUCAAGUCCAUCACGGCCUUGGCCCUGAGCUCUGUGGACGGGGACCCAGUGGCUGGCAUCUGCUACGUGGGCAACCAGAACCUGAACUCGCUGCGCGGCUUCGUCCUGGGCCCGCUGGUGCUUUACCUGCUGGUGGGCACGCUCUUCCUGCUGGCGGGCUUCGUGUCCCUCUUCCGCAUCCGCAGCGUCAUCAAGCAGGGCGGCACCAAGACGGACAAGCUGGAGAAGCUCAUGAUCCGCAUCGGCGUCUUCACGCUGCUCUACACGGUGCCCGCCAGCAUCGUGGUGGCCUGCUACCUGUAUGAGCAGCACUACCGGGAGAGCUGGGAGGCGGCGCUCACCUGCGCGUGCCCGGGCCCCGACGGUGGCCAGCCGCGCGCCAAGCCCGAGUACUGGGUGCUCAUGCUGAAGUACUUCAUGUGCCUUGUCGUGGGCAUCACGUCGGGCGUCUGGAUCUGGUCCGGCAAGACGGUGGAGUCGUGGCGGCGCUUCACCAGCCGCUGCUGCUGCCGCCCACGGCGGGGCCACAAGAGCGGCGGCGCCACUGCCGCGGGGGACUACGCCGAGGCCACCGCCGCGCUCACGGGCAGGACCGCGCCCCCGGGGCCCGCCGUUGCUUACCACAAGCAGGUGUCUCUGUCGCACGUGUAGAAGCCCCGGCUGACCGACUGGCCAGGGCGUUGGCUGGGAGCGCGGGCUGGGGGGUGUUGUUUGGUCGCAUUGCCAAGGUCACUUCCGUUUACUUUCUCGGUGCAGAAUGCAGCCUCUUGGGGCAACUUGGAGAGGGGGAGGAGAACCUGUCCCAGGACUUCGCAAAAGGGGCUCAGCCCACGUGUAUUCUAUUUUGCGUUUCUUUACCCGCCUUCUUUUAAGGGAACCUUGUUUUUUUAAUUUAUAUAUAUAUAUAUUUCCUUUUUUUUUUUUUUGCUUAAAUUUUAACUGUUGCAUUUUGGCAACAAAAUUUACCUAUGCUUUGGGGGCUUUACAAUCCUGUGGUUGGCUUUAUAAUGAAGUUCCACUUGGUUCAGGUUUCUUUGAACUGUGUGCUCUGAAGAGGGAAAUAUAGAUUUCCUAUA